UAUACAGGUAAAUGGUCGAGUGAGCGGACAGGUGAAGUUAGAAGUACCGGACUUGUUUCUAUAUUUGUAAAACAAGACGGUCGUGUUAAUUCGUUCAGAGGAGUUCAAUUUAUCUCCGGUAAUCUUUGAUGAGAAUUGUGUGUUAAUAAGUAAACAUAUAUAGCAACAGAUAGUCCAGCUAUUCACCGCCGUUCUCCAAUUCACCUGCAGCAAUCAGAUAUUUAAAGACACAGUCGCCUCCAGGCGAUGUGACAGAGUUAAUUAUCUCCUCCUAGAAACACACAGUACAGGAUGGUUGGAUGCGGUUGCCAUGGCAGUAAGUAGAUCUUCACUUGAAGAUUACUGGACAGAGUUCCAUGAUAUAGAGAGUACCAAAGAUCCUGAUGAGGAGGAAGAAGAGGAUGAACUCCCCAAAACCCCGGAUGGGGAACAGGAGGCUAGAUGGCUGAAGGAGGUUGGCUUGGAUGCUGUCGUUAAUCGAAUCAAAGAUGGACAUGGGUUGACCGAUGAUGAAAUGGAGGCUGUCACGGCGACCUUGACCUCCAGUCAGGCUGCUGUUGUGAAGCGACGUGUGGACACUCUCAGUACUACGAUGCGUAAACGACAGAAGCAGAACAAAACUGAUGUUCGGGAUAUCUUCCCGAGCCAGGAAACAGUCAACGGGAGCUUUUAUGGCAGUCCAGGAUCUUUCCAUCGACUAUCAGGCGGGUCUAUUGGGGAAGGGCAGACAACUCAUGACCAUGUGCGACAUGGUAGUAAGCCAAAGGAGAGAUCAUUCAUGAAGAGGGGAGGUUACUCUAUGUCUGGGAGGAGGACAGACGAGGCUGUGAGCCCUGAUCAAACAGGGAUAGAGAUGCUGAGUGUCCAUCCUAAGGGAACAUACCACCGCCCUGUAGGGUCGAGGCUUUCUGGUGGCAGCCUGCCGUCGAUAUCCGACCACGAGGACAUCAUGUUUGAACUGAAACCGGAUGAUUCUACUCAUCAGAGUCGGGGCCAGCAGAGGCUUGUGUAUCACCAGGGAUCCCAGCAGAAAACUGGAGAUAAUUUACCAAAUUUUACACUUGUACACGAUAAGCUUGGCGUGACACAAAUGAGUGACCUCAGUGCUAGUGACAUGUCCCAAAUAAGGUCACUGGCUCUCUUAGAACUCACCUCAAUGUUUGAUAAUCAUAACAUCACCUACAGGCAUCGAAAGGCAAAGAAAAGGGUGAAAGAUCAUGGUCUAUUUGGUGUUCCCUUACAAGCACUUUUAGAAAAUGACCGGAAAAUAGAUUCUCGAGUCACCACCCCAAUCAUCUUUCAUGAUAUUAUCCAGUUUAUCGAGGGUCACUGUCUAGAAACAGAGGGUAUUCUCCGAGUACCAGGCUCCACUGGUAGGAUAAAGCAAUUACGAGGGGAGUUGGAAGAUCGAUUCUACAGUGGUGCUAUAUCCUGGGCAGAGGUCCUGCCACACGAUGCAGCUGCCCUUCUAAAACAGUUCCUGAGGGAGCUACCAGUACCCCUCCUCACCUACGAAUACAUAGAGGCCUUCGCUCAGGUGGAAAGUAUUAAGGAGAAAAAACUACAGCUACAGGCUCUGUGUUUACUGAUCUUGCUGCUGCCACCUGUCCACCGUAACACGCUUCAGAUACUGUUGCGGUUCCUACAAAAGGUUGUUAGUAAGUGCCAUGCAAAUAAGAUGAGUCUCGCCAACGUGUCCAUGAUUAUGGCCCCCAAUCUGUUUCUGGUCUCAAGUAACCACUCAAAGUUCAAAGGUAUCCAGGAAGGGGAGAUAAGCAUGGCAGCCGGAACUUCCAACAUUGUCAGAAUGUUGAUCAAAUACCUGGACAUUCUCUGGACGGUGCCGUCGUUCCUUGUACACCAGAUGAGACGCCAAAAUGAAAUAGCUCAACAGCGCAAAGGUAGAGAUAAAUCUAUAAUGAAAUUCCUGGCCAAGAAAGACAAAUCGGAGUUGUAUAAAAAGCCUCCCAUAGUUCACGAGGGUGAUUUUGAGGAAGGCGUGAUACGUGUUCAUGCUCCAAACCUGACAAAAAGUUCUACUGCCAUCCGCCUGGACAAUCGCAUGACUGCCGGGCAUAUAGUAGACAGAUUCAGAAACUCCUGCGGGGCCCUAAAUCCUGCAAAUGGGAGGGGAGACAAUAAAAGGACUCUGCAGGGGAUCUAUUGUGAUCCUGACAAAGUUUCCUUUGCAGAGGAGCACACUUACCUGUACGAAACUGGUGGAAAUAUAUGUGAACGAUGUUUAGACCACAAAACCAAUAUGAUGGCAUUGUACCAUGUCAACCCAAAUGCAGAGUGGGUCAUCAAAACCAGUAAUCAUAGAUAGUACAUCUUCUAGCUACCUAAGGCUUACACUAAUGAGGAGGUGUCAGAGAAACCAAGCAUUGUUCUCUAGGGUUCCCAUGGUAACGCUGAGAAAACAUUGCUAUACAAAUUUGCACUGUCAAAUCUCCAUGGUAACAGUGAGAAAGCAUGGCUAUUAAUUAAUGCCAAAGAUCGUACUUCCAAAUCUCCAGGGCUACCCUGAGAAAGCCUAGUAAUCAAAGAAGUACUGUGAAAUUUCCAUGGGAACAGUGGGAAAGCAUGGGCUCAACCGAAGAUUGAACUGUCAAAUCACCAUGGUAAUGGCGAGAUAACAUGGCAAUCAACCAAAGAUUGAACUGUCAAAUCACCAUGGUAAUGGCGAGAUAACAUGGCAAUCAACCAAAGAUUGAAAUGUCAAAUCACCAUGGUAAUGCUGAGAACACAUGGCUAUCAACCAAAGAUUGAACUGUCAAAUCUGCAUGGUAAUGGCGAGAUAACAUGGCAAUCAACCAAAGAUUGAACUGUCAAAUCACCAUGGUAAUGGCGAGAUAACAUGGCAAUCAACCAAAGAUUGAAAUGUCAAAUCACCAUGGUAAUGCUGAGAACACAUGGCUAUCAACCAAAGAUUGAACUGUCAAAUCUGCAUGGUAAUGGCGAGAUAACAUGGCAAUCAACCAAAGAUUGAACUGUCAAAUCACCAUGGUAAUGGCGAGAUAACAUGGCAAUCAACCAAAGAUUGAAAUGUCAAAUCACCAUGGUAAUGCUGAGAACACAUGGCUAUCAACCAAAGAUUGAACUGUCAAAUCUGCAUGGUAAUGGCGAGAUAACAUGGCAAUCAACCAAAGAUUGAACUGUCAAAUCACCAUGGUAAUGGCGAGAUAACAUGGCAAUCAACCAAAGAUUGAACUGUCAAAUCACCAUGGUAAUGGCGAGAUAACAUGGCAAUCAACCAAAGAUUGAAAUGUCAAAUCACCAUGGUAAUGCUGAGAACACAUGGCUAUCAACCAAAGAUUGAACUGUCAAAUCUGCAUGGUAAUGCUGAGAAAGCACUAGCUGGAAUCUGUCGGAGACUGCAAAGUCCGCAAUCAACCAAAGAUGUUGUCCCUGAUUGUGUCAUGUUGAGAAACCAUAGCAAUACCAAGUGCAGUAUAAUACACAUAUGGCAAUGCUGAGAAACCAUAGCAACCGGACACAGUAACCCCCUCAGUUCUGAGGUCAAGUUAACAGAUGACACAACACUUGGUCCCUUGGCGCCACUGAUAGGGUUUGGAUUGGUUUCCAUGGUUUUCGAUAAAACAAGUCAGUUGGAAUCAAAGACUCUAAGAAUAAGACAUUAUUAUCUGAGGAUUUUGUUUGAAUAUUUUGAUUAUAACUACAAAUAUUACAAUCAGCUACGUUAAUACAGUUAACCACAGUAAAUGAAUACAGUCGUCUGUGAAGUUUUACAGAAGUUGGCAGCAUGGUGCUUACUUGUAAUAUUAUUCACUUACUCGUGUGAAACCUUUUAUCAUUAAGGAUGAGUACAUCACACAAAGACACCAUAUUCAUAAAAAUUCUAUAUUUUUACAUUUAACAACAAUGGAAAAUGAAGUGAUAAGUUGUACAUGUAUGUCAAUUACAAACUGACAAGAUUACGUCGCUCGAAUGGCAAGCUGAUAUAAACCACGAUGAACUCUUAAUACAAGUCUGUGUAGUAGACCACUCGUCCUUUAACGUUUAUCUGUAAACUUGAAGUGUUUAAACAAAAUUUCAAAUGAUGACCAGUUUUUCUUAAAAUUUACGAUCAUGAUCCCAUUUGUCUCACUAAUGUUUCAAAUUAUUAUAUUUUGAAAUAUCUCAUUUUGUCUGUCUUUGGCCUUUCUAGGGACUGGAUAAAGAAUUUAGGAUAUACUAGUGGUUUAUAACUAUAUUAAUUUACUACUUCCUCAUUUAUGAUAGUCGUGACAUUCCUCUGUGCAAUAUAAUAUAAUGUGUCUUUAAGCCUUCCAUGUAAAAUGUGCCUCGUCAGAUUGUCCCCAAACAAAGCCAAAAUGUCAUUGCUUGAUGUAUAUCCCCAUUUGUUUUUAUUAGUGUUCACUGAUUUCAGGAGUAUCAGGGUAGGGGAUCAGGUAGUUUUGGGUAGUGGGUUGGGGUGGGUUGGAUUUUAAAGGUCUUAGGAGGGGAGGGGUAUUGGAAUUGUCAGGGAGGGGAAUGUGGGGCGACAGGUUUAUGGAGCUUUAAAAAAACUCCCAGGGUUUUUGCUAAUUUGUUAAUUUCUUCUUCCUUCUUGGGUCUGAACUUGGUCCGCCCAAGUACGGGAGUAGACUCCUGUAAUAGGAGUGUAAAACGUCCCGGGACUGUGCACUAUGUACAAUUUGGAAUAGACUUAACAUUUUAUAUAAAAAAUAAGGUAUUCUCAUAUAAUAUGAGUGAAUAACAUCAUAAAAUAAAAACAUUAUUAUUAAACAUUGUUAUAUUUAAUGAAGCCUUGUUAAUUCAGCUAUUUUUCUAGUUAUCCAACCAUCUACCCAGUGCUAUAGGGGUUAUGUAAUCCAGCCACUAUUAAUCUGGUAAUCCUACUAUCUAGCCAGUGUUUUAGGGGACAGAUUGUCAUUUAUACAAAUAGUCUUGGCAGUAAUUGAAUUCCCCAGCCACUCUAGUUUCUCCAAUAUCUACCCAAGGCUAUAGGGGGUACAUUUUCAUUUAUACAAAAUUGUCCUAGCAGUACUUUUUAUCCUUUUAUCAACCCAGUGCUAUAGGGGGUACAUUUUCAUUUUUACAAAUUUGUCUAGGUAGCAAUUAAAUUAUCAAGACACUGCUAAUGCGGUAAUCCCACUAUACAUCAAGUGCUAUAGAGGACAAGUCGUAAUGUGUACAAAAUUGUCCUGGUGCCAUCUUACGCUACAUGAGUCAGUUUUGCUGAGAAUGAGACUGGAUUAUCAAAGCUACAUUUACCAGUGAUUUUGUCGUAGUUCAACAGUUUAAGGAAGAUUCAUAAUAUGUUAUAUAUAUGCAGAAAGUGCAAUGUAGUUAGUUUAUGUUCAGUUAGGUUAUCUGACUAGAUAUUGUUUUGUUUGUAUUAGAUAUAUCUUCCAAUUUUAGCGGACUAUAUAUAGUUCCUACCGUGGGUAACAGAUUGAUCAACACUGUCAGUGUUAUAGGGAGUUACCUAGUCAUAUAUAGGGACUCUCUUGUUUAAGUGUAUACCUUUGCCCAAAAUAUGGACCUGCUGUGUUGCCGCUACAUAAGACAACCUAUGUUGGGACUGUGGCAGCUAGAUUGAGGGUUUCUAAAAUCUAUGUUGUCUACACUGAUUGCUAGGUAAAACAUUUUACCCUCUCAUUUACUUCCCUGUUUCUGUUUCUUUAUACUCCCUUAUCAAUAACUUUUGGUUCAAAUGAGUCUUCAGGGUGAAUGAGUUAAAAACAUUCUCCUGUUUGGAUUCCAUUCAUUCACUCCUGAAAUUUCAUAAUGAACUAUUCCACCGUUUGAAUUGGAAGAGUUCAACUGUGUCUUCAGGUGUGAAUGAGUUCAAAUCAUUCUCCUGUCUGGAUUCCUACCUAUUACAUGUUUGAGAUCUGAUCAUGUGUGUAUGUACGACAUGUUUACAUCCUGAACCGACUACAUAAUGUUACAUCCUACUUUCAAUUUAUGCCUUGAUGUCUUCUCAGUUUUUGUUUGUCUUUUCUUAAUGAAUCGGAGUUCCGUUUUUUCCCUUUGUGUUGAUGGGUUUGCAUGUCUCAUAUCUUUGUUCGUUAAAACUUAUUGUUUUUGUUUAUCUGUGUGUUCGCUGACACUGUGGUAUCUUGUGUUUUGACUCUGAUAGUCUCUCUAUGAGCUACUUAAUUGUCAAUGCAUGAUCCAAAAUAUGCUUUAUUGACAUUUGAUAAAAAUAGGUAAUAAGUGAAUAAUUUAUUAAUCCAUAUGAAGUCAAUUGAUGACAAUUAAGAAGUAUAUAAUAAUAUAUAUUUCCAAAUACAUGUAAAUUGUAAAAUGUAUCAUAGGAUAAUAAUAUAUAAGAAAAUGUGAUAUUGGUAUUUAAUCAUACCGUUGUAUUUAUUCAUUGUAAUCGUUUUAUUUAGAUACGUUACUGCCUCUUCUCUGCUUCAUGCAAACAUCGCGAUAUAUUCUACCGUUCUGGGUGCUGUAUUUAUUUUUUAAACCAUCCUCAGAAUCUGUAAAACUAUGCAUGAAAGGUUAUUACAAAUUAGUUACUUUAUAAGAUUGUAGUCUUUACAGUGGAGAUUUUCUUAACUGUUGGACAAUAUGCUAAUUCAAUAUUUUAAGAGAAACACAUAUAUCAAAGAUAUUACAUGUAUGGUUAUAUGUAUAGCAGGUGAAUACUAUUUCAUUAGAUUGAAUGGUAUAGUGUCCUCAAAAAGAUCCAAGUUGUUGUGGUAGUAAUGUUUAUGAAAUCAAAUAGCAAAUAAGAAAUGUUUGCACCUGGUUUGCGGCAAACUUGCCGCAAACUUACUGCAGUCAAAUCCUGUUGCCAGAAAUGGUCGCCAAAAGUCUGCAACAGUUUUCAUUUGCCGUUAGUGGCAACGUUCUGGCAAUCUUCUGGCAAAUAGUUCCAAAUUGCCGCAAACACGUUUGCCAGAAAAUUGUUGCAAAAAUGCCUUAACUAAACAUGAUACUUUUUUAUGAAGAUUGGUACAAAUGUGUCUUGAUUAUAUUAAUUUCUAAACCAAGGACAUUGUUAAAUUUACAGGUCUGUGUUUCAAUAUUUUUUAUUGCAAGGAGCAUGAUGAGAGGACCUGGGACGUAUUUCAUGUUGACAUGACGUAAAACGGCCCUAUCAAUAUUGUCAAAUUGUUUGAUAAAUUAUAAAAGUUACAUUUAUGUUUAACCAAAAAUGCUAUGAAUUACAUUUUCAUGUUCAUUAUCAUAUUGUUUGUAUGAGUUACAUAAUAAUGUAUUGUCUAUUAAACUGUUAUCAAUUCG